AUGUCGCUCCUCGUUCCCGACUACGCGAGCUCCUCGGAGGACGAAGACGCCUGUCGCUCGUCCGCUGCAGCUCCUCCUUCGGUCUCUCCUCCUGCAUCUGCACCACAUCCUCAUGCAGCAGCAGUAGCCUGUGAGACGCCCGUCGGCGGUCCCCGUGACGUCGCAGCGGUCGCGCCGUCCAAGCAGCAGCGCAAGGGACAUACAAAGAAAAAGACAAAGAAGACAAAGGGACGGAUCAAGACGACGCUGUACCUUCCACCAGAGAUCCAGCGGCUGCUAGAGACAGGUGCUGGUGGUGGAUCGCUCUCUGAGGACAGUGAGGGCGGCAACGAGCUGUUGGCCAAGCACCGACGGGCCAAGAAGGCCGUCGCUAAACGGCCACGACCGGUGACAGAUGAUCAAGAGUCGGUUUUGUCGUUCCUCCCACCUCCAAAGCAUGAGCUUCCAGCUACCGAACCUCAUGUCGAUACUGCUGCUGUGGAUGUGGGGAACAGAGUGGAGGAGAAGCAGACGUGGGUGCCAGCUACAGAAGCGUCCACAGGUCAGCAGCCAGUGGACGAAGCGACAGCUGCGGCCAAUGCUGCUGCCUGGCAGCAGUACUACCAGCAGCAACAGUAUCAGGCCAGUGAUGCUGCAGCAGCAGCAGCAUCAGCUCCACACGAAUAUUACGUAGCACAAGGAGAAGAUGACGUUGUGGGGGGCAGCUCCAAGCGGAAACGGACGCGGGAACGAGACAUUGAGCGUGCACUUCAAGCAGGCCACUUUGAGACAGUGGCGGAGCAGCUUGCAGAGGUGCAAGGCCCGUUGCCGAAUGCCUGGCAGCCACCAGUCAACCCGCUAGCAGGCUCGAACGGAUCCAGUGAGACGGACGUGAAGGUGAAGGCCAGCUUCUGGAACGCGCAAGCUGGCACGACAGUGUCGUCGGUGAAGCCCAGUCGGCUGCAACGGCAGAAACACCAGUUGAACCAGCUAGCGUUCGAUGCUAAAGCGCGUGACUUCGACCUGCUGGACAGACGUAGCGCGUCAAUGAAGACGAAGAGGGAGACGCACGCCAAGUACGGCUGGUAG